GUGGCUCCGCACAUCCUCCGUUCUCCGAGCAGCCAUCGGCGAGUCAUGUCCCAGUGUGAGGGCACUUCAAGAAGAUCUGGCGAGGAGGACCAAGGAGGAUGAAGGAGGGUGACGGGCCGGACGAGGCAGAGGAGGAUUAUAAUGAAGUUGAGUGGGAAAGGAGCGUGCGCCGUGGUCUCCAGCAGCCUGCUGUUCGCGUGCGCCGUGAGCACGGCGGUGGUCGGGUUCGAGUGUCUCUCACUGGGAGCCAAAGUGAAGGCGCACUUUCAACUGAGCGCGGCUGCUGGCGCGUUUUACUCGGGGAUCCUGCUCGGACUUGGACAGGCACUACUGGCCAUGGCGUUGAUCUGCUGCAGGGGCAAAUCGGCGUGUCGCAAUUUAUUCCUCUUCGGGCUUCUUGUAUUUCUACUCGGCGUGCUCACGGCGUUCUCGGGCGCAGUGGUGGACGGCGACGCCGUGUCGCUCGUGGAGCGGAAGUACUCGCGCUACUGCUUGGACACAGUGGAUGUACCUGCGGCGUGCGGUCGUCUCAAGGAUUACCAGCGCGGCCUGGUAGCAUCCACCGUGCUUAACGCGCUCGAGUGCCUCAUUGGGCUUGUAAACCUGGUGGUCAUCAAGCGCUACCAGGCGGCGCAGUUUUACCGGAGGCGCCGAGCGCACAGGCGCAGCGCGCGCGCCGUCUUGCUUGCCGAAGAGCGCGAGCUCACCGUGGCCGCUGACUUCCGGUCGGUCUCUUAUAUUAGUCUAGGGAUGUGCAGCUCCCAGGCGCGGGAUGACGGCGCGGAGGCGCGGAAAAGCGGCCAUCCGUCUAUAGAACUACCGGGCUACGCGCCUGAACAAAAAGAGCUCCAGCACGUGUACGGUUUCUCCUACCCGCCCGCUAACGACUCACCGCCGGCCUACGAGGACAUAUUUCCCGGAGAAAGGAGGAAUAAAGCGUUAGAGUGUUAA